AUGUUGAUUCUUAUUCAAGUUUCAACUAUUUUGUUUUUAGUACCCUAUUGUUUAUGUACGAACACUUACCUUUCUGGUAAAACCGUUCCAUCAGAUUGGUCUACAACAAAUGGCGAUUAUGUUUAUCGAAUUGUGGUACGAGCUAAUAUGAAUGAAAUUGUUCAUCAUUCAAUAUCAAAAAGUUUAUCUAUACGUUUGAAAAGUGUUCACGGUAAUCAGACAAAUUGGAUACCAUUAACGAUUAUUUAUGAUCGAUCUGAUGUUGGCAAAAAUUUGUAUGAAUACUAUUUAGCAAUACAAGAUAUUGGUGAAAUUAAAAGUAUCUAUAUUCAUGGACACUCCACAAAUUUGGGAUAUCUAACAUUGGUUUGCAUCUACAGCAAUCGAAAUUCAAAAGUAUUAAUUGGAUGUGCUGAUAUCACAUGUCGAUGUUCAAAAAAAGAAUUUCAUUUAAUACCACAACAUUAA